UCAUUCAGCUCGAGGGAUCUCUCAAGAGCUCAGCGAAUAAAACAUUAUACGUAUAGAUCUGCAGAUACGGGUGCAGAACAGGUGACGUAGCCCAGCAAUUAGUUCAAAGAGCUGCCUGGCUAACUAUGUAACUGCGCAAUGGCAGUGCAGCGCGGCAGGGCCGAAAGAUAGGCAGCUACUAUUAGCACAUGGUGAUGAACCCUAGAAUUAGGUGAGAUAUAAGUUGGAAUCAAAGCCCAAACAACGAUGUUCGAUUUCGAUUUUCACGCCAAAGGACAAAAAAGCGCAAAAAUAUUUAAAAAAGACAAAACUAAAAUCGGUAACGAAAAGGAGAAUGAGUUACUCAACAGAAACCGACUUUACUUACGCACCGUCGCUACAAGACGAUGAUGGUGCAGCACCACCACCUCCUUACAGUUAUCAUAAUCAUAGCGCGGCCGAUGCAGCUCCCCCACAAGCGGCAGCACCCGGCUUAGCGCCGUGGUACGAAGCAGUGCCUGAGACUAGUACUACAAACACGAGCAGCAGCAUCGUGGGUGCGCGGAACCGGUUCCCGCAGGCGCUGAACGGGUACUACGAGAAGAAGUGGACGACCCGGAACAUCCAGCUCGGCGAGCACGCCAACAGCCCGCUCUACAACGUCGCGCUGGGCAGCGACUACACCGGGAAGCUGGACCUCUGCGCGGGGGCUAGCAGCAGCGCCGGUCCCGUCAUCGCGACGGCGGCGUUUACGAGCAAGUGGGGGAGCGCGAAAGAGACUAUUGUCGAGUUGCUUGCGCUCGGCGAUGAUGCUGCGGGAUCCUCUUAUAGUGGUGGUGGUGGUACAGGCUCUACGCGGGUUGUCAUGAAGAUGAAGGUCGGGCUAUUGCACGUCUCGUACCGCUUCUCGGUGCAAACAGGGACGGGCAAGGACCUGCGAACGGAGGACUUCGAGUGGCGGCAGAGCCGUGGGGAGGAGGUCAGGGGCCUGAACAAGCACGCGGGCUACGGGUGGAAGCUGGUGCGGCUAAGCGGGAACAACGCGGAGCAAGGCGGCGGCGGCGGCGGCAGCGACCGCACUAAGCGAGCGGUGGGGUGGACGAGUGACGGCCAGGAAGUGGUGGCGGCGUGGUCGCAUAACAACAGCUGGAGCGCGAAUAAGGUGUUCAAGCUUCAGUUCCUGGAGAGCGGUGCGACGGGGGUGCUGGGGGAUAGGUUUGCGGUGGUAGCGCUCAUGACGGCGCUGAAGAUCUUCCACCAUGAGGUGGUGAUGCAUAUGGUUGCAGCCAGCGUCGCAUAGGCGAUGUCAUUGGGGUUAUAAUUAGGCCGGUGUUGUAUGUAACUGCAAUUGGCAUGGAAAAGAACAUAGAUGUAUGUAUUCAUGGAUGUACUUGGCGUUGGUGGAUCAUUUACUAUUAAGUAUUACUAGUAGUAGACACGGCGUAUAGGAAUUAUACCUGGAGGGAUGAAUUCCUCUUGAAGGAAUG